AUGGGGGCCCCCAUGGCGUCGGGGUGGGUCGCUCGCCGCGGCGCCGUACGAGCGACGCCCGCGCCCGUCGGCCGGCGCAUAACAACGACAUCGUGUUGUCGCGCCGCCGCCCAGCCGCCGAGCCGCGCGCAUACAGAGCCCACGAGGCCACCCCACGGGGUCCGAGCGCUUCCACCCGUUGCGCCUGAAAGUGGUGGAGAGCGCAUGUCGAGGGGUGACCUUUGCACUGGCAAGCGGCUUUGGCAUCACGAACAAACACGCGAGGCGUACCGCGUCCGGCUU